CCGGCCGGCGACGGGGCUCGGCGGCUGCAGGGGGCGGAGUAUUAGUCCCAGCACUGUGACUUUUCCAUCAUGUCAGAACCCAUCACGCUCAACGUUGGAGGAAAACUCUAUACCACCUCUCUGUCCACCCUGACUAGCUUUCCAGACUCCAUGCUGGGAGCUAUGUUUAGUGGGAAGAUCCCAACCAAGAAGGACAGCCAAGGCAACUGCUUCAUUGACAGGGAUGGCAAAAUCUUCCGCUAUAUCCUGAACUUCUUACGAACGUCUCACCUGGACCUCCCUGAAGAUUUUCAGGAAAUGCCCUUACUCCGACGAGAGGUUGAUUUUUAUCAAAUUCAGCCCCUGAUUGAGGCUCUGCAGGAGAAGGAGGUGGAGCUUUCUAAAGCAGAGAAGAACGCCAUGCUCAACAUCACCCUCGAUCAGAAAACCCAGACUGUUCACUUCACCGUCCGAGAAGCACCCCAGAUCUACAGCCUGUCUUCCUCCAACAUGGAAGUGUUCAGUGCUCAUAUCUUCUCUACAUCAUGUCUCUUCUUGAAGCUUCUCGGUUCCAAACUUUACUAUUGCUUCAAUGGAAACCUCUCUUCAAUAUCCAGCUACCUGCAGGACCCCAACCACUUGACCUUGGAUUGGGUUGCAAGCGUGGAAGGCCUUCCCGAAGAGGAGUACACCAGGCAGAACUUAAAGAGACUCUGGGUGGUACCAGAUAAUAAGCAAAUCAAUAGCUUCCAGGUGUUUGUGGAGGAAGUGCUUAAGAUAGCCAUGAGUGAUGGUUUCUGCAUAGAUUCUUCUCAUCCCCAUACUUCAGACUUGAUGAAUAAUAAGAUGAUUCGCCUGAUUCGGUACAAGUAGGGGUGGCUGUUUGUUAUGGUGGCAGCAUCGAGAUAACACAGGUUAAGUGUUUCCCUUUAAAACACACUUACAGCCUAAUUCAGAAUCAUGCUUAUCUGGAUUAAGAGUCACUAACAGGGAGAUGAUUUUCCUUUAAUGUAUUUACCAACACAACCUUUCUGAAGACGUGAGACGGAAGGAAUGUUGUCAGUCAAGGACGUAAGGACUGGUUCUGUCACUGCCUCCAUCUCUCACCUGCUGUUCAAUCAUGGGGAAAGUCACUCAACUUCUGCCCUUCCUAUGUUUUCCAGUUGGGAACUGGCAGCAAUCUCCUUCACGAGGAGAUGUGAGGGUUCAGUCGGCAAGGUUUGGAAGGUAUCUGGAGAAGGGAUGUGGUGAAGGAGGCCAUGGAGCUGUGGCACAACAGAGAGCCCUAGGGGCACAUUCUCCAUGUCUCUCCAUAUCACUUGUGCAGAGCAUCCAAGGAGCUUGGUUGGAUCCCCAGAGAAGCCUGCCCACGUGCACACACUCGAUUUAGCUGUAAAGGAUGCUGCAGACUGCAAAGGAGUAAGGGACUCUUGUGUCUUUGAGUUCAACAAAGGAUUCCUGUCACCAUCUGAAGCUGGCUUGGGUUUUUUUCUGAACCCUAUAAGGAAGCCCUUGCUCUGUUCUGCUUUCAGGGAAGCCAUGUUUGAAUGAUGGGACUGCCAGAGGGAAUAAUGAAGAAAGCCACAGCAGAAAGAAUGAUGUUCUUAAACCUUUGCUUUUACAUUCCCAAAGCAUGCAAGACAGCUAGUCCUUUUCUUUCUCUCACAAUGUUAUAUGCAUCUGGAUGUUGUUGCUGGAACUUUCUGAGGUGGAGACAGACUUGGGGGCAGAAGCUCCCAAAUACCUUCUAAACGUCUGAGCCUCUUCUGCCUGGACAGGGCUGCCUUCUGGGCUCAUUUCCCUUCAGCCACACCUGGAGCCCAUGGGAUGCUCUCUGGGUAGGAUGGAUUCCAUCUGAAAAGACAACAUUCCCACAUCAGGUCACAUCUUGUAUUUUCCUGGUGCACUGAGACAUUGUUUUUAACAUCUUUGUGAAAUGGUCAUGUCACUAAGCCAGCAUUUUACCUGCUUGCUUGGCUUCAGUGUCAGAUUGUCAGAGGUAAGGCAGUGGGAAACCAGAGCUGAUGACAGUGGUCAAGCUCCUUCCUACACCCCCAGCCUGUGCUCUAAUGAAGAUCAUAAUCCACUAGCUGCAUGUUGGCUCUAAACAUCAUUUGUGCCACAUUCAAGAUGGUUCCUUCUCACCUAAUUAUGUUUAAACAUCCCUUAGCUGUCUUUCCUUAACCAGGUUGCUACAUAUGCAUGGGAGACCUUCUGGAACAUUUCCUGUCAUCUCUAAUGAGACAAAAGGAAGGAGGCAAUAAGUGUGUUUUGCAUUCAGUAUUUUAGUGCUUCAAAAUAUUCUCAGCACAGGGCUGCAAAGCUCAGUGUUGCUCAUGUCAUUGUUUCCCAAAGUAACUAGUCUGUCAUCACAUGAAGCUGACCUGUGAACAAGCAGAAAGUGUUUUGUUACUGCUGUAAAAAAACAGCAGGAUAAAUAUAUUCCUGCUGUCCCAAGCUGUAACUGCAUGACCAACACAAAUCAGCAUGCUGACAGUAAAAAUGCAGCCUGUUAGAAACCCCUUCCCCUCUCUGCCUUGGUGCUAAAGCAGCAUGAAAUACAUGGGACCAUGUUAUGAAGCACUGACUGGGCCUGGAGGUCUCAAAACCAUUAAACCUGGCAAGUGUCAUGAAUGUUGAGGACUGUAAACAGGAUUUUUUUUGGCCAAAUUCCAGCUUCAAUCACCAUAUUCUUCUAGUUUUAGUUGCACUGGGAACAAGUCUUUUUCUCCCUUCAUCCCUGUCCUGAAGUACAAAGCAGGAACAAUCUGUUCCAGGGGUUGCUGUGUGCCACUGACAAAGCAGCUGUCACACACUGAUUGCUGAGUGAACCUUAUUUCUGGCAUGAGCUUGGUGUCCAGUUGGACAUUCAUAGUACGUGGGUAAUAUGAUUAUGAUCUGUAAAAUGCUAUACAUGAACCCUCUUUCAUCAAAUCUGUGCCUUGAAACAGAUAUGCCUUUGCUGGAUUGAUGCUAACAGAGCUUCUGGAGACUGUUGACAGCAUUUCUUUUCAACCCACGCGCUUGAGAGUAGAUGUUCAAUGAUCUGUAACAGAAGUUCUUAUAUGUCAGGACUAAAAAUAAUACUUAUCUGUAGUAAUUUGUUUCCUGUCAGCUCAAGUUUAUCCAAAGGUAGAAGCAGUGGGCUUAAAUCUCAUUUGGAAAGGGACAAAAAGUCUGAUCUACACCCUUUAGAGCUCUGGAUCAGUACUGCUCCCUUCUGUUUCAGCAAAAUAAAGACAUGCCCUGGGAAAGCUGGAUCAUUACUGUAUUUUCUGCUUAAUCUAGAGCAUUUACUCCAUGCCUUUGCUCCCACUCCUUUUUCUUUGGGCAGUAGCAGCACCCACAUGAAAAGCAGUUCUACAGUUUCUUAGAAGUCUAAAGAAGAAAUUAAGAGUGUCCCAACCUGGGCUAGAAAGUAACCAGGGUUACUGCUGACACGGAAAUAGGAGUUUCAGUCGCCACAGACUGAGAAGAGAACUGAACUCAGGUCAUCUCCUGGAGUGCUUUAACCCAUGAGUCUAUUAUGUGAAAGGUGGAUGACUUGAACACACAUUUAUCUGUGCUGACAUAACUAAACCAAGCAAAGGUACAGCUGGCCACAGAUCUGUAGCAUUUGCCAAUAUGCAGAGAGGUGCAUGAUUUCCAACAGGUAUAAAGACAUGAGUGAAGACAGGCUUUGGGAGGAAUGGAAAAACUUGAGAUGCCUCUAAAUUGCUAAUCAGAAUAAACAUCUUUCAGCAUGAGGUACUAUUUCUAGUUGUUCUUCAUGCUAAUCAAGUACAUGAAGUAAGCAGUAAGUGAAUCACAGGCAACUGCAGUCAAACAUAUGCUGCACAAACGCAGUUGCUAUUUCAAACUACACACUCAGCUCAAUUUAUAGCUGCCCCUUCAUUUUGCAGCCGGUAAGUUACGUUAUAAUGGCUGUUUAUAGGAAUGUUCUCUCUCUAAAACCUUUGUUCCUUUUUCUGUCUAAAUGGCUGGCUUUUGUUUUCUGUCUUCUUUGAGCCCUAGAGCUAGAGCUUGCUUUUAUUUCCCAGUCAGCAGCACUGGUGAUUCUUCUUCUCAAGAGUAUGCCUGAAUUAAAGAAAAGUGAACGUGCACAAAGCCAUGUUAAGUGCAGCACAACCCCAUCAUUAGUCACAGAGUCACAGAAUCUGAAGGGUUGUAAGGGACCUGGAAAGCUCAUCCAGUGCAACCCCCCUGCCAGAGCAGCACCACCUAGAGCAGGGCACACAGGAACUCAUCCAGCUGGGUUUGGAAUGGCUCCAGAGAAGGAGACUCCACAGCCCAUCUGGGCAGCCCCUGCCAGUGCUCCCUCACCUCAACAGGGAACAAAUUCUUCCUUGUGUUUCUUUGGAACCUCUCAUGUUCCAGCUUGUACCCAUUGCCCCUUGUCCUACCAUUGGAUAUCAUUGAGAACAGCCUGGUUCCAUCCUCCUGACACUCACCCUUUAUGUAUUUGUAAACAUGAAUAAGGUCACCCCUCAGUCCCCUCUUCUCCAAGCUGCAGAGCCCCAGCUCCCUCAGCCUUUCAUCACAAGGGAGAUGCUGCACUCCAUCAUGUUGCUGAACUCUCUCCCUGUCCUCCUAGAACUGAGGGGCCCAGAACUGGAUACAAUAUUCCAGGUAUUUCCCUGUUGAGUGGAAUAUUCACUCUCAGAACAAACUACUUUCUUUUCCUUAUAAAGGCCUGAGAACCAGGAAAAGAUCUAAGGAGGGGUUUUUUACCCUUAAAGUUUGAAGGGUGCCGUCUUCCACAUCUCAGUGCAUAACUCCUGACUCUGCCAUAAGCCUGUGUCCCUCAACACCUUCCUGGACUAAAUGAGGCUAAGUCGUGCACUUUCUUUUUAAAAUGCCCUGCUUGCUGAGAGAGCCACUGAAUAGAGCAAUCAAUAGUGUCAGAGCAGAAAGAUACCAGAGCUAAGGCAGAUGAUACACAAGUUAUUAGCUGUAGUCUAAUGGCAUUUUCAGCAAUGGCCAUGGGCACAGCACAGGGGGAUUUCUUAUAUGACAAAAGGAUUAUUAUGAGGUGUCCUAGUGGAGUCCAGAAGGAAUCACAGAUUUCUCAAUGUGAUUUUGGGCUUGAUAGCUCUUAAAGAUCUAACAAUGUCCAGUUAUAGUAAAGGGACUGAAACCAUACAUAAAUAUUAAGACAUCUUUGGUUCAUGCAGCCCUUAAGGGUCAGUAAGGAUUGGUGGGAGGAGCUUUUGUUGCUGCAGGUGAUGGUAGGGAAAUAAAUGAAAUAGGUCUAAAAAGUUCGACCUGAAAGAAUUCAUGUUAACAAGUAAUUCAGGAUUCAGAAGGGAGAGAAUAAAGAAUCUUGGUGUAUUCAGGAAAAAAAAUCCCCAGCAAGAUAACAAAGGAGGCAAAGAUUUUGCUAUGGAAGGAGGCUGUGAUUGAAGUGACUCACUGGCCGUUCCCUGUUUUAAUCUCCCAUUAUGCAACUUAAAUAUUGGUCACACAAAGAGUUAUGCUGGUAACUUGUCAGGAGCAGACAGCUUUGCUUCAAUUUGCAUGUGCUUUAAAACAGUAAAUGUAGGUACUGCUGUAGUUACCACGUUUAAACCGAGUUACUGAGUAUAAAUUGCUGCUUGUGUUCACUGGCAGCAAAUACCUGCAGUUCCCUCUGGAGGAAUGGCUGCUGGGGUCUGUAUGUAAGGUUGAUAGGAAUGAUACACACUGACUGUGUAAUCUAGGGUCUUCUGAUACUUCACAGAUAAAUGGAGAAGUUAUGAAGAAGACUCCUUCAGAGAGUUGCAUUUUCACCUCAUCCCUUUAAAUGUGGUGUCACUGAUCAAGGUUUCUGUGUAUUUUGAAAUAUGUAACUGCUGUUCUGUAAUGAGUCUGGUAUCCACACACUGAUGGACACAAACAGGCAGGGUACAAACACUGCUAAUAUGUGGCCCUCUCAGUGUAAGUCUCCUAUGUGAAUUAGUACAGGCAGUCAUGUAUGUAUUGUGUGAGAAGGGCUGGAGCGAGCAUAAAUGUGCAGAUCAUGCCCUCAGAUUCACUUGGGAGUAACACAAGGGAUGGUUUUGCUAUGGAUUUGGGGGGAAAAUAAAAGGAGCUAUAGAGGAGAGCUGUAUGGAAUAACUCUUUCUUGCUUCCUCCUCUUGCCAUUUGCCUCCCUCUUGUUUUCUUGCUUCUACUCCUAUCAGUAGGAUUUUUCUGAUGAUCACAAUUUGGUCCCCAACUCACUAAAAGCCAUGCUUUGGAGUGAAUACUAUUUGGGAAGUGUCAAAACCAUCAAAAGAUGGUUUUUCUUUCUUACCAUUUUCACAGAGAGCCUGUAGGGCUAUCACAUUUUAAAAAUCUGGUUGCAUUUCUCUGCCUGUAACUCUU